AAGUAAUGUCUUUGGCCAGAAUAUAUAAACAAGUUUUUUCAUUGCAUUGUGAAAACUUGUGACUGAGUUUUUAAUUCUGUUUGUGUUUAAUUUAUUGAUGGUUUGAAAUAAUAACUGCCAAAAUCACCUGUUAUGUGUUACAUAUGAAAGGAACUCUAAAAAAUGGAGCGCUAUCUUAAUGCCGUAUAUUCUACUCAAAGGUUAUGGCUACCAUUAAGUCUGAUUUUUUCAGCUGCGUUGGCUGCUGUUCUGCCGGUGCAGAUCAGCGAAGUUUCAGAUUUGAUAAACAUCAUCGAUAGAUGGUCAGCUGUGACAGUUGCUUUCACCAGUGGCUUUUUCAUAUCAACUAAUAAAUUCCUACAUUAUGCGAGGAAACCCAGGAUCCAUUUAUUUGUAGUGAUAAUCAGUCUGGUAUUCAUCCCAAUUUUUACAGAGAUAACUACUUAUCUGCUGACGGUAACUAAUGUUAUAGACAGUGACGACUUCAUUGAAGGACUCAUAAUCACCAGCUGUAUGCCAGCAUCAUUCAGAAGUGUUGUCACACUGACUUUUGAUGGCUUAGGGAACGAGACUAGUGCAAUGAUAAGCGUCAUUCUUUGCAAGUAUCUAGCAGUAGUGGUGACACCUUUAUGGAUAACAAUAUUCCUGGGAAGUGCAGAAGUGAGUACAAUACGAGAAUCCCUGUGGGGCCUGAACAGUACGCUUCUGGGGCCUUUCGUCCUGGGGCACGCGAUCCAGCGCUUGACGGACUUCCACAACGAGAUGGUGAUGCCAUUUGACAUUGCGAUGAAGGUUAUCUUACUUUUUAACUUCUACGUAGCAGCAAGUCAAUUAUCACAAGAACUAGAAAUCUAUAGACCACUCGAGAUGCUGACACUGUUCAUCACAGUGGCCAUAACUCUGACUGUUUUGAAACUGAUAAUAGCAAAAAUAUCAGAUAUAAUGGAAUUAGAUCCAGAGUCAAGAAAUUCUAUUGCUAUUACGUAUGCAGCAACACACAAGUCUCUUCGUUCCGCGACAUCAUCAAUGAACAAGUCAGUCAUAAGCUCCGUCGCCUAA